AUGGCUAUUCUUGCAGCAAGGAAUGCAGUCACCACAAACAGAACUGUGCCUGUUGGUGAUCUUGAAGCAAAGUACCAGCAGCUGUUAGCAGAAAAGGAGGAACUAAGGGCCAGUUUGAAGACUAAGGAGCAAGACUGGCAGAGAGAACGAGAGAAUCUAGUGAAGAACUCAUUUGCCAACCUACAGGCCAAAUUCCUCAAGGUCAAGGAGGAAAAUGACGGAUUGAGAGCAUUGCUAGGGAACCAGCAUCAAGAAGCCCUCGAAGAGGAAACAGUUGCGGACCAAAGUCACUUCCCACCACGACCCAAUUUCAUCAGUGCAAGCAUGGCUCAGAAAGCACAAGCCCAACAAGGGCGAACUUUCCCUCCACCAAAACUUCAUCAGUGCGAGCAUGGCAGAAUCAGAGUCCAAGAAGCAGCUUUUCCCACCUCCGCCCAACUUCAUCAGUGCAAGCAUGGCAGAAAAGGAGGCCAGAAAGAAGCAGUUCCCACCUCCACCAAACUCAUCAGUGCAAGCAUGGCAAAGGAAGCUGGUAUGGAUACAGCAACACGAUGGCUGCUCCUGGGGAGCCUGGUGAUGUCAACACUGCAAUGGCUAUCUUGCAGCUCGCAACAGGAGCAUUGCAUCCAAGAAGUUGCCUUCACCAGUUGCGGCCGGCUCUCGAGAUAUGAGCAAGCGUUUGUGCCACCACCUAUGCCCAACUUCAUCAGUGCAAGCAUGGCCAAAGAAGCAAAAGCCCAACAAGGUCGAAUUUUCCCUCCACACAAACUUCAUCAGUGCAGCAUGCAGAACGGGCAAGCCUUUCCACCACACCCAACUUCAUCAGUGCAAGCAUGGCAGAAGAGGAGGCCAGAAAGAAGCAACUUCCCACCUCCACCAAACUUCAUCAGUGCAAGCAUGGCAAAGGAAGCUGGUAUGGAUACUUCAACAGCAGUGGCUGCUCCUGGGGGCAUUGGUGAUGUCAACACUGCCAUGGCUAUCCUCGCAGCUCGCAACAGGAGUAUUGCAUCCAAGAAGUCGCCUGGAGCAUUUGCAGCUGGUUCUCCAGAUCAGCCAAAGAGCGUGGGAUUUGUGCCACCUACAAUGCCCAACUUCAUCAGUGCAAGCAUGGCCAAAGACACAGAGAUGCAAAAGAGAACUAGCUUCCCACCACCACCAAACUUCAUCAGUGCCAGCAUGGCAGAAGCAGAGGCCAAGAAGCAGCUUUUCCCACCACCACCCAACUUCAUCAGUGCAAGCAUGGCGGAAGAAGAGGCCAAAAAGAAGAAUUUCCCACCACCACCAAACUUUAUUAGUGCAAGCAUGGCAAAGGAAGCAGGUUUCGAUACUGAGGGUGAUGUGAUGGUGGCAGCACAUGCAGGUGCUGGUGAUGCUGGUAAUGUCAACAGAACCAUGCCCAUCAUUGCAGCAAGGAACAGGGGCACUGCAAGCAGCACUGUUCCCAUUGGUGAUCUCUCAGCAAAAUUCCAGCAGCUAUUGGCAGAAAAGGAGGAACUUAUGGCCAGUCUGGAAACUAAGGAGCACAACUGGCAGAGAGAAAGAGAGAAUCUAAUCAAGAACUCAUUCGCCAACCUACAGGAAAAGCUCUACCAGACUCAGCAAGAGCUGGAUGAUGCCCUACAGGCAAGAGGUAGCUUGGAAGCCACAGUAAGGGAUGCUGAAUUAUUGGUAAAGGCUUUGGAACAGAAAGCUGUGCAGCUAGAAUCUCGACAAAGAAGGCUGGGUGGAGGCGAAGCAGACUCUAGAGUUACUUCAUAUGACCAAGAUUUGCAGCGAUUGCAGGCUGAGAAUGAUACUCUUCAAAAGCGUGUUGCAAUACUGGAAACAUCAGAGGACUCGGACUCAGAGAGUAAAGAGGAUGAUGAUGGUGGCUUGCUUAACCAGUUGGCUGACGCAACAGAGCAAAUUGUGUCACUUCGUGAUGGUUUGGCACAAUCUGAAGAACAGCAGCUAGUUUUGGCUCAAGAAAAAGAAGCUUGGGAUGCUGAAAGGGACCAACUGGAAAAACGGCUGGAUGAAGUGCUGGAACAGUUGGUGGAUGCAACAGAGCAAGUGGCUGAUCUGAAGGAAGAAAAAGAUCAAUUUAGGUGGCAGCAGCAGGUCGCCAUGGAAGCCAAACAAAAAGCUGAGCGGUCCCGACGUGCUUCAAUCACAAUGAUUACCAGUCUGGAAGCCACACUAGCAAGAAAGGAAGCUGACAUGGACAAUUCACAAGCCACAAAGAUGAAUGAAAACCAAGAACUCCAGAAGAAAGUGGAAGAUCUAGAAAAUACAUUGGCUCAAGCACAAGCACAACUCGAAGCUUCCCAGGAACAGGUGGAGUCGCUUCGUGCGACCAACCAAGAAGAUUCUCUAAGCGGACUAGCAUCCAUGAGCAGAGAAGCUACUGGAGAACUGACAAAGCUUCAAGCAGAAUUGGAGGGUGUGAAAUCAGAGUAUGCGAGCGUCUUGAACGAUGUCAACAAGCAGAAAGAGGAACGGAAGCACAUGCAAGAAGAGAUUGAGGCUUUGCAAAAGGUCAACUCAAGACUAUUGAAUGACCUUGAAGCUGCAGACAAAGAAAGUGAAGAUGCCCUUCAAACAAUGCAAGCAGCACUAGAAGCUGUCAAGAGUGACAAGAGCAAGAUUGUUGAUGAUCUUGAGAAAUCUGUGACCAAGAAGGGAGAAGAGAUUAGAAAGUUGCAAACGCAGCUUGAAUCUUUACAACAAGAGAAAAGAGGAGAGCAGGAAAUGUUGCGGCUUGCAGCCACUGCCAGAGAAGGAGAACUACAAACCCUCCGUGCAGACAAGGGAGAGCUGGUCCAGCAGCUACAAGCCGAGUUGGAUGAAGUGAAAGCCACUGCCAACAACCACAAAGAGGAGCGCCAAAAACUCCAAGAAGAGAUCAAUGCAUUGCAAAAGGUCAACACAAGGCUUUUGAAUGAUCUGGAAGCCACAGACAAAGAGAAUGAGGAUGCCCUACAGACCAUGCAAGCUGCACUAGAGAAUGUCAAAAGCGACAAGAGCAGGCUUGCUGGUGAUCUUGAGGCUGCUCUGGCUGAGAAGGGAGAGGAGAUUAGGAAGCUAAGAAUACAACUGGAGGCUCUGCAACGGGAGAAGAGAGGAGAGCAGGAAAUGUUGCGGCUUGUAGCCACUGCCAAAGCAGGAGAACUUGAAACCCUCCGUUCUGAUAGUGGAGCCAUGGUGCAGAAGCUACAGGCUGAGUUGGAUGGAGUUAAGGCAGAAUACACCAACCUCUUGAAUGAUGUCAACAAGCAAAAGCAAGAGAGGGAGAACCUUCAAGAAGAGAUGAAUGCAUUGCAGAAAGUCAACACAAGACUUUUAAAUGAUUUGGAAACAGCAGACAAGGAGAGCGAGGAUGCACUGCAGGCAAUGCAAGCUGCGCUAGAAAACGUCAAGAAUGACAAGAGCAAGAUUGUUGGUGAUCUUGAGGCAUCUGUGGCUAACAAGGGCGAAGAGAUUCGCAAGUUCAAACUGCAGUUGGAGGCUUUACAACGAGAAAGAAAAGAAGAACAGGAUAUAUUGAGAUUUGCUGCCACUGCCAGAGAAGGAGAGGUCCAAACACUCCGAGCCGACAAGGGGGGGCUGGCCCAGAAGCUACAAGCUGAGUUGGAUGGAGUUAAGGCAGAAUACACCACCCUUUUAGGUGAUGUCAACAAGCAGAAACAAGAGCGGGAGGACCUUCAAGAAGAGAUUGAAGGAUUGCAAAGGGUCAACACGCGACUUUUGAAUGAUCUGGAAACCACAGACAAGGAAAGUGAGGAUGCCCUUCAGACCAUGCAAGCUGCACUAGAAAGUGUGAAGAGUGACAAGACAAGGCUUGUUGGUGAUCUUGAGGCAUCUUUGGCUGAGAAGGGAGAAGAGGUUAAAAAGCUGCAAUUGCAACUUGAGGCUCUGCAACGAGACAAGCAGGGAGAACAGGAAAUGUUGCGGUUUGCUUCCACGGCCAAGGAGGAAGAGCUCCGGACUUUAAAAAGCGAGCUUGUGUCGCUACGUCAGACAAGCAAGGAUUUGGAAGCAUUGUGCACGGCAAAAGAUGACGACCUUCACAAAGUACAGAGUGCGUCUGAGGCUCUCCUUGCUGACUUGGAAAAAGUCACAGACGCACAGGAGGCUCUCGAAGCAGAAAACGUGAGGCUGAAUACCGAGUUGGACACCAAAGUAUCAGAGCAAAAGCGGUUGGAAAUGUCUGUGGAAUCUUUGGAGCGGUCCUUGAAAAAAGCCGAAUCCACCGUGCAGACCCUCCAAGAAAAUGCAUCUGCAGCCGAGGAAUCGAAAAAGGAAACAGAAACCUCCCGAUCACUGGGAUUUGAGUCGACGGGCUGGAACCUCUUUGGCGGUACCGGUUCAAGCACUACCAGUACUAGCAAAGAGCCGGAUCUGGGAAAGGUCAAGGAAGAACUAAAUGCUGUCACCUCAGAAAAGGAGUCGCUUAACGCUGCACUGAUCGAGUCUGAAAAGAAGCGCGAGACCCUGGAAUCGUCAUUCAAAGAAUCGGGCGAGACUAUUGCUACAUUGCAAGACACCAUUUCGAUGCUGGAAUCUGCUGGCGAAGACAUGCUCCAGGCUUUCGAGGAGGAGAAGCACAUGCUAGUCGAGCAGAUUGAGGCGAAGACUCUGGAAGUUGCAGAAAUGCAGGCGAAAGCUCGGUCCAGUUCUUUGCAAGUCAGUGACAAACUGACAGCUGCUGUCGCAGAAAAGGAAGCCCUAUCAGAGACACUAGAGAGUGUCCGCCGCGAACUUGAUGAAGCAAAGGCUGCCAAGACUGUUUUGGAGUCAUCUUUGCGCGAGUCAAGCACUACCGUGGAGAACCUCCGAGAGACGAUUGCUAUGCUAGAAACAGCUGGUGAAGACAUGCUGAGAGCGGUCGAAGAGGACAAACAGACUUUGGUAGAAGAGAUGGAAGCCAAGUUUAAGGAGCGGUUAGAAGAGGCCGCAGACGAAGCUACAACCUCGAUUUCCUCCGAGAAGAAGGCUCUGGAAAUGACCGUCAAAAUCAUCCGCCAAGAACUGCAGGAGGCCAGUGUCGGGAGAGGUAAAGCGGAGGCAUCGUUAAAGGAGUCUGAGACCACCAUCGCAACUCUACGUGAGAGCAUUUCAAUGCUCGAAUCAGCUGGAGAGGAGGUCCUGAAAGCUGUGGAAGAGGAAAAGGAGGCGCUCGUGGGGCAAGUCGCAACACUUGAGGCUGCUUUGACGGAGAGCCAAGCAGCGAUGGCAGAAGUAAAUAAAAAGCUGGCUGAGCUUGCCAGCGAGAAGAAUUCACUGGAGUCGGAACUGAACAACGCUCGCGAUGCGCUGCAGGAGACCUGUGGCUCGCUGGAGGCCUCCAAAGUAACAAUCCACACCCUCAGAGAAGCUGUGUCAGCGUUGAAAGAAAACACGCAAGGGAGCCAAACAGCCCUCCUGGAGGAACGCGACGAUCUAGCCAAGAAGCUCGCUAUCAUGCAGUCGAAUAAUGGAACGGCCGAGAACCUAGCAGAACUCAGCGAAAAGCUUGCUGCGGCCAUCGCAGACAAAGAAGCCAGCGGAGAAAAGCUCGAAGCCACUGCGUUGCUCAUGAACGAAUUUCAGCUCAUGGCUGAAGAGAACAGGGUGCUUUUGGAGGACGCAACUUCCAAGCUGGAUGCUGCUAAGAACGAAAAUGAAGCUCUUACGACGAAAGUUGAAGCCCUGCAGGGCGAGAAGCAUGCGAUGGUGUCGAAUCUACUAAAGAGUACCGAGGAAUGUCAACGAGUCGCUGCAGCCAAAGCAUCGUUGGAAAAAGCGUUGGUUGAUGCCAGCCUAGAGCUGGAGGCGCUCAAAGAAGCUAGUGUAGAAAGCGAAAACAAACAAGCAAAAACGCCUCCCACGGCAGCAACGGACAACCCCACUAGAAUCAUGCCAAUGGCCGCUGGUCAACGCAACUAUGUCUUCAGCAAAGAUUUCAGUGCCGCCAAUACGGAACUAACGGAGAAGAAUAAUGAACUCAAGAGCAAGGUUGCAUUCUGUGAAGCUGCGCUUGUGGAGUGCAAAGGCAAGCUUGCAACUGCUGAAGGCCGGCUGAAUGAUAUGGUCACAGAGAGCUAUCAGCUUGAGGCCAGUGCGGACGACGCACGACAACAGAGCAGGGAUGCUCUCGAAGAGAAAGUAGAGUCGCUGGAAGCAGCUCUCAGAGAAUGCGAGGGAAAAUUGGAACUUGCUGAAUCUCAGCUAACUGCCCAGGCGGCGGAGAGCCGGGACAUCGGGACAUGCACCGACGAUGGACACCAGGAGCUGCAAGCCGAGAACGAGAAGUUGGGGGCCAGGCUUCGUGCAGCCGAGGGCGAAAAGGAUGAUCUAAGGCUGCAGGUAAAGGAACUGAUGGAGUCAAUACAAGCAAUUAUGGCGGGAGGAAAUGAUGCCCAGGACACGGCCGAGAAGGAUGAGCUAGCAGCAAAGACUGAUACCCUUGCAAAGGAGGUGGGUUCUCUCAAAGCAACUCUCAAGGAACUCGAGGGAAAGCUGGCUGAGUCCCAAAUGCGUGAAAUGACUGCCAAGAACCAGGAGCAGGAAGCAGCCAAGGAAGAAAAACAAAAACUGGAAGCAAUGCUACGCGCAGCUGAGGGUGAGAAGCAUGACCUCCAACUUCAAGUCAAGGAAUUAAUGGAGUCAUUGCAAUCAAUAAUGGCCUCAAACAUGCAGCAAGAAACAGAGACCGCUUCCGAGAGCAACGCAGCGUUGGAGGAGAGAGUGCGCCAUUUGGAGGAUGCACUGUCAAAAUCGUCAUCAGGGAAGUCAGAGAACAGUGCGGCCCUGGAGGGGAAAGUUCGCGGUCUCGAGGAAGCGUUAUCGAAAUCCGAAGAAGAUCUAGAGAUCUGCCAAAAGAGGCUCGUCGAAAUAACCGAGGAGGGUAUUGAGGUGACAAAGAGCAACGACAGUGACGAACAACGGGAGCAGUUGCUUUCGAAACUGUCGGAUGCAGAAGCUGAAGCAGAUGAUCUCCGAGAAGAGGUGGAGGAGUUGGUGUCAAGAUCAAAGGAACUAGAGAGUCUUGGCGAAGAGGAGGACGUUCUACUCCGAGAACAGGUCGAAACCAUGAACGCUUGGAAUUUGGCAUUGGAAGCUCGCGCUGACCGAUCCAACAAGGAGCUUGAGAAUGCGCGAACGGAACUAGAGGCGCUGAAGAGUUCAAGGCGAACUCUGGAAGAGGCACUGAAGCAGAGUAAAGAGAGUCCGCAAGGAAAAGUGACACGGGCCGUGGACUUCGAUUCUCCCAGCGAUGAAAAUGCAAUGGCCAGUUUGCGAAAGGAAAAGAAAGUGCUGACUUUGAAGUUUGAGGCUUUAGAAGAAUCUUAUGCUGAGAAAAACUCAAAGGUCCUGGAGCUGGAGGCCCGGGUAGAAGACUUCCUGAACAAGAGCACUGACCUGAAGCUAAGAUUGGCAAGGAAGACAGCCUUGAUCACAGAGCUCCAAGAAGAUAUGGAAGAACAAGCUGGUUCCAAGGGUGCCCAAAACAACGUCCAAAAUGAGACUGAAGAAGCCCUCAGCAAUUUGCGGAAGGAAAACAAGGCUUUGGUGGCUAAGCUGGAAAAACUUGAAGAGACUCAUGAAGAGAAGAAAAGCAAAGUGUCCGAGUUGGAAGCCCGAGUGGAGGAGAGCAUAAACAAGAGUGCUGAUUUGAAGUUGCGGUUAGCACGGAAGACUUCAAUGAUCACUGAGUUGGAGGAAGAUUUGGAAGGCUACAAAUCAAACCAACCGAAGGAUGAUGGUGCCACAAGAGCAGUGACAUUCAAGACAGAAGAGAGCACCAACGCCACAGAGAAGGGCACUCAAGAAGUCCUGAACAACUUGCAUAAGGAUUACAAGGCUUUGGUGUCAAAAGUGGAGAGGCUAGAAGAUGCCUUUGCAGAGAAGAAUAGCAGGGUCUCUGAGCUGGAGGCACGCGAGGAAGAAUACUUGAAUAAGAGUGCUGAUUUGAAGUUGCGGCUGGCACGGAAGACUGCAAUGAUCUCAGAGCUGGAGGAAGAUCUGGAAGCUUACCGAUCAAAUCAACCAAGUGGCGAAGUUGCUUCAAGAUCAGUGGCUUUCAAGCAGGAUGAGAGCUUAAAGGAGGAACACCAAGCAGUGUUGAACAGCCUGAGAAAAGAAGUCAAAGAAUUGGUUUCAAAAUUGGAGCAACUUGAGGAUGUUCUGGCAGAAAGAAACAACAAGGUGUCUGAGUUGGAGGCACGAGUGGAAGACGACUUGAACAAGAGUGCCGACUUGAAGUUACGGCUGGCGCGGAAGACUGCUCAUAUUGCUGAGUUGGAGGAAGAUUUGGAAGCUUACACUUCAAAACAAUCAAAUGAUGGUGGUCCUCCUUCGCAAGCAGCUGUUUUGAGGUUGGAAACCGCGGUGCGGGUGCUUACGGACGAGCUGGCAAAGGCGGAAGCUACAAUUGAGAGGCAAGCUGCUGCGUUGACGGCGAGCGGAAACCAUGACCAGGUCGCUCGCUCUUUGGGAGACACGAGUGUCCAAACGAAGGACAUUGAAACCGAGAACCGAGCCCUUUCGGAGGAUCUUUCAAAAGCCAACACAACGAUCAGACAGCAAAGAACGAAACUCGAAGCCCUCGAAGAGAGUCUCGCAGAGAAGUCUUCCAAACUAUCUGAACAGGAGGCACGCUUGGAAGAGCAUAUUGGAAGAAGUUCUGACCUAAAGCUACGUCUGGCAAGGAAGACUGCAAAGAUCUCUGAGCUCGAGGACCUAAUUGCCGAGAGCGGAGACGGCUCGGAUCCGGUAGUGUCCAACGGUGUGAACCCGGCAAACCCUGCAGUCGACACAGCGUCCUUGGAAGAGCUGGAGCAGGAGAAUCAGCUCUUGACAGUUAAGGUGUUGCGAUUAGAAGGGAACCUCAAGCAAGAAAAGGAUAACCUCAGAAAGCAGCAAUCCAAGGUGGAAGCACUGGAAGACACGAUUGUCGAUAAGGGCGUAAAGAUCGCAGAAGUACAAGCGCGUUUGGAGGAGUACAUUGGAACGAGCGCCGAUCUCAAGCUGCGCCUUGCAAGGAGAACCGCAACUAUCGCGGAGCUUCAAGAAGAACUCGACGAACAAUCAUCCGGUGGUUCAGGGAAGGAUUCGGCGAAUGCUGCUUUCCGGAAUAAGGACUUACCUUUCUUUGACGAAACGAGUCACAAUCUACCGGAGGGUGGUGACGAAGUAUUACCAGCAGCCAGAAUGCCACUGGCACCACCACAUCGAUCGUUACCGGAUUGCGGCGAAGAGGAAGUUGAAGUGUCACCAGGACACCGAUCUCUCGUCGUCGAUGCAACGGCCCAAUCAACGACUUUAGCGGAAGAAGAGGACGAAAGUCCUUUUGGCAAUGGCACAAAGAAGCAGAGAAGCCCCAGCCAGCAGCUCAAGGAUUGCUUGGAAGACGCCAAAGCGAGCGAAUCAUUGUUUGAACAGAUUGCGUCUCUUGCGGCCCACGCGGAGAAAAAGAAGAGACGCCUCAAGGUGUUAAACGAACGGUUGGAAAAGGCCGUGGGCAGGAAUCGCAUCAGCCCCAAGUCGGAUGUUGCUGCUGCUGCUGCUGCUGCUGCUGCCGGCGAGAGGCCGGUUAGUGGUCUCGCCCAAGAGCAAGACCACCUUCAAAAGACGGUGGCGCAUUUGGAGAAUCAGUGGAAAGAAACCAGGAGUCAGCUCGAUAGCGUCCACAAGAUGAAUCUGAAAUUGGAGGCAGCACUGGAUCACAUUUCCCGAGAACGUGCCUCUGCGAUUGAUGCGAGAUCCAACCUGGAGGCGUCGUUGCGGGAAGCCCAAGAAGAAGUGCGGAGCCUCCGUGUUGCCGUCGAUGCGAUGGAAGCCGAACGGACAGUCGGCGGCACCAUUUCACGUGCGAUAAACAUCGAACCCGGUCCGAGUGGCGACGUGGAGGUGGAAGUAUCGGAGCAUCCCGAUAUGGACCCUGAACGGACCACAUUCCCCUUGCGCUAUGGAGACGUGUAA